CUAAAUACGUCGUCCUACCACACGCUCGCUCAGACACAGUCGGGACAGCCCUCGAGAAGGCCCUACCGGUGGCACAGCGUCGUUUUGGAUAUAAGAUCUACAGUAUCCAUGUAUCCAGGGGAUAAUUUGCGCUCUUAGGAUAUAUCUAUUACACCUGCCGAAUUGGGAAUGUCUGCGUGAUCGGAAUUUUGCGGUGCGUUAGUCCACCAGAAUCCAGCGCAAAGCACCAUGGGAGGACGCGGUGCGGUCCGCGGACGACCCUCUGCCCCGGACACACAGAGCUGCGAGACCAUGAUCCAACAUCUUGCUGGUCUCGUCCGGAGCGUUCCCGUCAGGCAAAGCGAGACAUCCCUCCUGCCGACGACGCAAAGGCUUCUGGACGGUGACGUCAGCUUCAUUUCCGCCCGGGACCGGAAAGACGUCAUCGCUGCAGUACCCAUCUGCCACGCGGUGGGGAGCAUCUACCACACCGUACGGCACGGGAAGCGAGUGUCCAAACGGACGAGAAAGUUUGUCGAGACAGUCCAUGCAAUCGAAGUCGUCUCCUCCGAAGGCCUCCUUCGUACAUCGAGGAACGACUUCUUCGACCAAGUAGAGGCGAAGUUGCAACAGUCAGAAAGACACGUACGAAAGGUGAACAAGAGAGGAAGGAUAGCGAGGCUGUUCAAAUCGAAGAGGGACAAGGAAAAGUUUGACACGCUAGAGGCAGAGCUGAAUCAGCUCUUCGAUGGAGUGAGUUUGAGAGAGAGAAGGAGUGAUGCGAGGAAAUCUGUAGAGGACAUAAACGAGAAUCUGAAGAAUGUCGCGUUGGAUAGAGACAGGCAUGCAAAUGAGGAAACAAGGGCCGAGGUCCACGAACCAAUCAUUGGGAUUGGUGAAGCCGCAAAGAGCGACGGGAUGGAUGUCAUCUCAGAAGACAUCUCUGAGUCGUUGGUGUUCACCUUCGAAGGAGAACACCUCAAUGAAGAGUUGUCUGCCAUUUUGUGCCCCCCGAGUGAGGAUUCGAUUCUCAGUCUUGUUGGUGAGAGGAUUAGAAUGGGAAGAUUGAGAGGAAUCGUGGAGAGAAAUUUGAGAAACUUUCACCCAGAGACAAGACAAUGGUUACACGACGAAGUCAGCCACUGGUGCCAUGUUAGGACCGACUCCAGGUCCUUUGUGAUCUCUGGUCCAUCUGGGAUGGGGAAGUCGUGUGCAGCUGCCUCAGUUUGCAACAGAUUCGCCAAAGAUGGAAAUCUCGCAGCCUGCUAUUUUCCGGAGAACCCUUCCCUUCAAGAACCAAAGACCUUUGUUGUGAACUUGGCGAGCCAGCUGUCGCAUAGUGUCCCCGGGUAUUGUCGUGUACUGGAACAAGACGAGGAACUACGUGCCGAGUUACGCCAUCUGUCCGCGGUCGAGAUGUACCACCGCCUAAUCCACAGGCCGCUUAGCUGUGUACGUAGGCCGGACGCCACCAAGCGGAUGCUGUUGGUACUGGAUGGCUUUGACGAGUUAGUAGACUCAACAGGAGGGGAUGAGAUCAAGGUUAUGAUCAGCCAGCUACGACACUUGCCAAGAUGGUUGACACUCCUCAUAACGUGUGGGGAAACGUCCUCACACGUAAAGAGGUACUUCAAGCAAGUCGAACACGAAGAGUCCCGACUGAAUCACGAAGACUCACGAAACAGCUCCGACAUGCUACGACUCAGCAACGAAGAUGCCCGAAACCAAGAAGACGUUCGUCUCUUCCUAACAGACGUCCUUAGUCAAACGAUGUCUGCGCCCAACGUCCACCAAGUGAUAGAAAUUCUACUAGAGAAGUCAGAGGGUAGGUUGGGGUAUUUCCAGCUGGUAAACUUCUUGGUAGAACAUGAUCUUACCAACAAGACCCUCAACAAACUACCAACGGGACUGAUGAAGGUGAAGAUGGCAAUCGUUGACAGUGUAUACACCUUCCUGGGCCAGAAGCUGUUCUCUGCUUUGUUAGGGUGCCUUUCGGCGGCCAAGGAACCUGUACACAAAGACAUUCUUGGUUACAUUCUGACGGAAGAGAAAGUCAACCCAGCAUUCCAGAAGCAGGCGUUUGCACAGUUAGGGAAGCUGGCAAGAAGUAAGUGUGAGAGUCUCUCGCUUGCUCCGGGAAUGAAAUCAUGGCUUGCAACCACGGAAAGUAAGCACCGGGUUGACAUUGAACAAGGGCAUGCCGUGUUGGCUCGAGUGUCCAAAGAAGCCGUCCAAAACAUCAUGGCGGAAAUGAGAGGUGAUGACGUCAGGCCUACGUCAGGAGCUACGGCCAGGUACGCCAUACGUCAUGGAAUGUACCACUGUGUUCGGGCCCAGCAGUUUGGCAGUGACGUCACGUCAUUGUUCUGUAACGUUCACCACAUCAGAGUCCGACUCGAGACCGACCCGCUCUCCGUGUAUGAUAUGGUUGACGAGUACACCAUCGCUUCGGGGUGCAAGAGCCUUUCCACCGAGGGGAGAGCGACGGUUGACCGCUUCAGAAACCUGCUUCUUCGAAACGCAGACACUAUUAUUGACAAUCCGGACAAUUUUGUCUCAAUAGCCGCAAACGACAGCAAACUAGGAAGCGAUAGACAUAUUGCCAACACCUACCUUGACCGUGAACGCAGACCUUGGCUGCAGAAAGUCACCGAACAACCACAAUGCCUUGGGGCAGUGACGUCAUUCGCAACUCGCGCGGCGGCCAUCUUGGAUUGUGAUGUCUCCUCAGACGGGAAAUUUUUCGCGUGCGGAGAUUCGCAAGGAAAGGUCCGUGUAUUUCGUCCAUUCACAGGAAAAGUGAUGGGACUGUUCGAAACUGACUUUCCAGAAGUUCGACAGUGUACGUUCCUGCCUGGAGGCAGACAUAUUUUCUUCGGGUCGUCCACUCACGCACUAAACACUGAAGGAGAACUUGUCGCAUUCGAACCACCUGCGUUUCCAGACUCCAUGGCAACUCCCACCAUUUACGCUUUUCCUGAAUCAGGCAACAAGUUCGCAAUGUUUCUGAACGUUGACUACUCCUUGUCGGGUGUCUCCUUGUCUGACCUUCCCGAAGACAUCUUCAAGGUCAAACUGUUUGACCUUGAAAGAGAGACCAGUCCGUCAUGUGGCGACCAACUGUUGCUGAAGAACUGCAUGUCACUCGGUGACCACCAGGCCCCGAUACAGUGCUGCUGUUUCGUGCAAAAUGGAGAAAAUGUUGUGGUUGGGUGCAGAGACAAGUCUCUCAACGUAUGGGACGUGCAAACUGGACAUAAGCUCAGAAAGAUCAACUUUGACGGAGGCUUGAAACAAAUCUUCACCAGAGAUAGUCUCUUGUGUGUAGUUGGAGACAAAAGCGACACCAGUGUGCGAGUCUUGGACUUGGAAUCUUUUGAAGAACUCGGGAGUGUCGAAAACCAUCAUGGCGGCGUCAGCAGCUGUCACGUGACCGACGAUUACGUCAUUUCCGCUUGCCGCGGAAAAAACAACGAGACGGACCAAAACGGGAGGCUGUACGCUACAUCUACUCGAACUCUUCGAGUGAACAAAGUCUUCGUGCCGGAUAGUUCCUACAUCAGUUGCUGUGCUACCAAAGGCGACUACGUUUGGGUUUGUGGAGAAGAUGGUAGAGUGAGCCUACUUAACCUAGCGGAAGAGGACGGUACUGCAAAUGUAAACCAAGAUGCCAGAACGCACGGGAUCAUGACUUGCGCGUUCUCGUCCAACUCCAAAGAACUUGUAACGUGCGAACACGGGGAGAACGGCACGUUAACCGUCUGGGAUUCUCAGAAGGGAGACCUGAAACGAGGACUGUGUUACAACAAGGGAAGAUACAUCUCCAAGAUUGAAAUGAAGAAGGUGGAAUCAAAAUGCCCGCCUCGGUGUGUGUUCUCUCUGGAUGGAGCACGGCUUGUGGCACUAGCGGGGACGAACUCGCUCCAAGUUUGGGAUAUGCGUAGAGAGAGACACCGCUUGCUCAAAGGGCAUGCUUACUUCCGAAUCACAUGCAUGGCGCUCUCUCCGGACAAUGCUAUAGUCGCUGCUGGCAGUACGGACACAACCCUGUGCGUUUGGGACGUUGGGGGCAACCUAGAAGGCAAGAAACGCAUAGAGAGCGCCAUUUUCGAGGGCCACUCCGACGGAGUGUCCUGUUGUGCCUUUUCGCCGGACUCACAAACCCUGGCGUCAGGAGACAGGGCGGGAAAACUCAUCCUCUGGUCUCCUGACAACGCUGAGCCAAAAGUCGUCUGCAGAGGCCACGGUGACGUUAUCACAUGCCUCAGUUUUUCUGCUGACUCGUGCCAACUUGCCAGUGGCGGGAAAGAUGGGGUUGUUGGACUAUGGGACGUGGAAAGUGGAGCAAGACUGUUCAGUUUGAAAGCACAGAAUGCGAGCUGUGUUACUUCGUGCGAGUUCAGUCCGUCAGGACUGAUUCUAUCGUCUGCAGCGGAUGGAACCAUUCACGCAUGGGACUCAAACAACGGUGGUCAAGUUUGUGCUUUCGGACUGAGCGAAAGUUCUGUAUUAUCGUCGAGAUUUCUCUGUGAAGAGAAGUACAUUGUGUGCGUCACCCAAGCCGGUACCCUGGCCGUGCUAGAAACAACCACGGGGCGAACUGUGUCUCAGUGUCGACUGCAAUCUAUCCCGGCAUGCAUGGACGUGUCACGUGACCAGCGCUUCGUGACGUGUGGAUUCCAACAUGGCGGCUUCGUACUGUACAAGUUCAUGAACUUCAUGUGAAAAAAAGAAACUCUCAUCUAAUUGUGAUGGAAAGCUGUGUGAGAAGUUGUCCAUGUAAUGGGCAAGUGCCUUGUUGUGCCACAUGGGAUCAAACAAUGCAUAAAUCAUGUGCUUUAAUAUGAAAGUUAGGCAACCAGGUAAAUAAUCUGUAAAGACAAAUCAUUCUUUACAACUGGAUGAAAUUCGGAGUUUACUUCCAGACAUUUCGAGUGAUUUCUAUCGCUCUUCUUUGGUGUCGCUACUAGAAGUAGUAGAUUAAACUUGCAUAACAAAUCAAUGCUAAGAAAACGUUAUGUUCAUUUUAGUGGAAGAAGAGUGAUGGAUGUCACUUGAAAGGUCCUUAGCAAUAUUUGAAUCUUAUCUCAUUGUAGAGAUAUAUUGUCUUUAAACAUUUUGUUCUAAUCUGUAACAAAUAUGUUAAACUUAAAAUACUUCAAAUUUCCAGCGUAGCCAAUUGCUUUUUUUCUUCUCAAAUCCAAGCAGUUCUAGAGUUAGCAGUGAAUGUGUGUUUCACUUUAUUGGAAGUGAUCUUGUAGUAGACAAGCUUCAAGCAGAUGACUAUGUUUGGGCAAAAUCACCCAACAUUUUCAGAUCCCAAUAGCUAAUGCUAAGUGCCAUCUAUGACUGUUAAGGCCAUCUUGAUUCGAUUAUAUGGAUGACAUCCACGUGCGCAUCAAUUUUUGUCUAUUUCCCAAAAAAUUUUGUUUACCAUACUGUACAUCGUACAAAGUAGCUGUAAAAGUGGCAAAUGUAUGCCGUAGAUUUGCAAAGGAAUAUAGGAAAACGGAUACUAACGUAUUAGAAUGUCAAAGCCAAUUCUAAAACCAAAGAAGAUGUGAAAGAGCAAAAAUUAAGAAUCUGUUGUUCGGUAUACCAUACUCUGUGUUUAUAGUAAUUUGUUUCACCUUCCUGACCACUGAGAUUUCACGAUGAAGGCAGCUUCUUUUUUGUCUACAGUUUUUUUCACACGCUUGCCAGAGCUAUGAUGUCAUCCAUAUAACUGAAUCAACAUAGCCUAAUCAGUAGAACAUAUCAUAAUUGGAUAUUGUUGAAUCAAAACAAGCGACCAACAUGUAUUUACACAAGGAACCAGCCUUUAUUACACUUGUUUUCUUAUCCAGUAAUAAUAAAUAAGCAACUGUGAACACAAUGAACAAACAAUAUUAUAAUAUAAUACAUCACUUUUUAGCGUCCACAACUGCAAAUACGUUUUAAAUACAACAAUAUACAAGGACAGCGAGAGAAAUCCAUACAAAGAAAGGAACAAUGUCUGAAUCUUUUCAGGUCAUAAAAUGACAUUGAAAAUAAAACCGUUCAAAAAUUGGAACGGUACAGUUGAUAAGAAUGUAGAGAAAUUUCAUAUCUCUAAUAAGUUAAUAUUUUUCGGGUCUACUCUUUAAAAGUAUACUUGUUCGGUUUAAGUUGUUUCCCUAAGACAAAACAAAAAUAUCUUGUACCAUUUCUUUUAUUGU